AUGUUUCAACUUAUUAUUCUACUCGCCUCAUUGAUCUAUGUCAAUGCUGAAAUCGUCGAGACGGUGCCAGCUGAUAACCACUACAAGGCUGCCCCAAUCGUACAUUACGUGAAGACUCCAACCUACGGUUAUUCCCAUGCUGCACCUAUGCUACCAGUCCAUUCUCACGGGUAUGCGACACCGGUUUACAGCACUCCGGAAGCUGCCCGAUACUACGCCCCAAUGGUAUCCAAUAAGAACAACGGUGGUUACUCUUGGUAUCCCGUUCAACUGGCUACUACAACCAUCGCUUUGACCCAACCUCAGGUCCAUCGAAAUGGAUAUGCCCACAACAGUGCUCGAAUCAUAGCUACCCAUCCGAUACCAACUGUUCGCGGGUAUGCUAUCCCAACCAUGCAAUCCUACGCCCAAAACUACGGUCCUGUUAUAUCGCAUCAACAUCACGGUAAUAAUCACUAUUCUACCCCGCUGAUAGCUACGACAGUCACUGUGACCCAACCUCAGCAGCAACAAUUAUACCAACAAAGCUUUGCUCCCGAAUCUCAUCAAAACCACAACACCUACGGCCAUCACCUGCACUGA